AUGUCAAACUCCACCACUGAUGCUCGAACUCUUCCCGGCUCCAACUUUGACCAGAGCCAGACCCAUCUCGACUGGGUUCCACCCGAAAUCACCUCGAUGGUGCACAAGCUCAUCCUACCAUCGGACGAGUUUGUCAUUACUUCCAAGGACGCGCGCAAGGGCCUUCUGGGCCCAGUAUCCUCUACGGCCGCGCUGGAGAAAGGUGUGCAGGAAAGCACAUUCAGCUUCUCUACUAUCUACGCCAGCGCUAUCUCGAACAAGACCUCGUUUAAUUCCGCGUACCGUCUCCUCGCUCAACAGUACAUCAUCGAUGAGCUGAAUUGCAUUACCAUCAAUGUCCAGGAUUUCCAGUUUGCUAACACGCGCAAACUCUUCCGGACUCUCCAGAACAGAGGGAAGCUGCAAGACUUUCUCUCCCCUGCAGACGAGGCCGAUGGAUCAGAUGAAAACACACCCGCGCGCCAAAUCCGCUUCCAUCACAUCAUCACCAAGAAAUUCACCGGUAACUCGAGCAUCAUUGAGAAAUUCAGCAAAUGGAUCGAAACGAUGAAGAAACCCGACGAGUUGUUCAACAUGAAGCAUGACUACAUCAAAUUCGCUGAUAGCAGCGCUUUCCGUCAAUGCAUCUCUGAUCUAUCAGCUGUCGUCACUACCACCCGCCCACGACAGAGAGAUAUCAUCGCGGAUCAGCUUCGUGAAUGUGCCGACAUUCUCGACCAGCAGAAGUUGGCUGAGAACCACUUGAUGGACAUGAUAAGUGCACAGGCGCAGCAGGAUUUGGAAGAUCUUCGGGAGCGGGUGAUGCGGGAUGAGCUUGAGGAAGAUGUUGUUGGUCCGGAUAUUGGUGACGCCGAUGAGGUGGAGAUUAAGGAGGAUGCGGAUGUUGAGGAGAAAGUGAAGAUUGAGGAUGAAGAUGAAGGUGAAGGUGUUGCGAUGCAGCCGACGGGAUCCGCGUCUUGGGGAGGUCUGCGCACUGUGUAA